CCUGCCGAGCGCACAGCUCUGGUGCCGGGAGGCCGAGCCUGGCGUUCCCCCCGAGGUGCCCGGCCAGCAGCGCAGCAGGGCCGCCCACCCCGGGAGCCACGAUUGCCUGGGAGCUGCGGGAGGAGGAGACACAGAGAAGGAGAGAGAAAGAGAGAGAGAGAGGCGGCGGCGGGCGCUCAGCCCGCGGGUGCGCGGAGCGCAGGAGGCGGAGCGCUAGUCUGGGUGGCCGCGGGCGAGUGUGCGCGCCCGGCCGGAGAGCUGCGGGAAGGAGGACCCGCACCCCGAGCGCCCCGCCUGGCUUCUUCUCGCGUGCAGCUAGCGCCGCUGCUGCACAGACACACACCCACCGAACGCCACCGAGCACCCGCCGCCCCCGCCGCCGCCGCCGCCGCGCCUCGGGCAGCGGGAUCGAGAGCCAAGUCCAGGGCUGGCGCGGCGCGCAGAGCACCACUUGAUUUUUUUCCCCACCUUCACUCCAGCCCUCUCUGAUCUGGGCGGCGGCGGCAGGGGGAUGGGGGCUCUAGGAGGGGGAAGGGGGUGACGAUCGAGGAAGAUUAUUGUUCUUUUUAAAGGAUGUCUUCGCUUCCUCCCAAUGAGUCUUCUGUGAGCCUUCCUACUAGAGACUGCCAACCGGAGUGAGGGAUGUAAAGAGAGAAGGAAAGCCGCCAGGAGCUCCAGCCAGCAGGGGAGACCCUCCUCUCUGCAGAGGGGAGGGGGAUUUCCAACGACACAGCAUUGACGAAAGGGACCUUCGUAGGAGAGGAGCCCUCCGAGGGAGCGGGGAAUCCCACCGCCCUUUGUGGCACAGGAGCCAGGGCUGCUGGCUGAGUGGAGCGGGGUCUGUGGGAGCUAGCUGCCAUGGAGAUGCCUGCUCCGGAGGAGUCCUGCCGCAGCUGACCUCCUCUUUAAGGACCCUGGCUCUGUGGUUCUGUCCAAUUCAAAAUGGCAGAAAAGGCUCCACCUGGCUUGAACAGGAAGACGUCCAGGUCGACACUUUCUCUUCCUCCAGAACCUGUGGACAUUAUUCGAAGCAAAACGUGCUCUCGGAGAGUUAAGAUCAACGUGGGGGGCCUUAACCACGAAGUCCUAUGGAGAACUCUGGAUAGGCUACCCAGGACACGCUUGGGGAAGCUUCGAGACUGCAACACGCACGAGAGCCUCCUGGAGGUAUGCGAUGACUACAAUCUUAACGAGAAUGAGUAUUUCUUCGACCGACAUCCUGGAGCUUUCACGUCUAUUCUAAACUUCUACCGGACAGGAAAGCUCCACAUGAUGGAAGAAAUGUGUGCACUCUCUUUUGGCCAAGAGCUUGAUUACUGGGGCAUCGAUGAGAUCUACUUAGAAUCCUGCUGCCAAGCCAGAUACCAUCAGAAGAAAGAGCAGAUGAAUGAAGAACUGAGGCGGGAGGCAGAGACCAUGCGUGAGCGGGAGGGAGAGGAAUUUGAUAACACCUGCUGCCCUGAGAAAAGGAAGAAACUUUGGGACUUGCUGGAGAAACCGAAUUCAUCCGUGGCUGCAAAGAUCCUGGCCAUCGUGUCUAUCCUGUUCAUCGUACUCUCCACCAUCGCUCUGUCUCUCAACACACUUCCGGAGCUGCAGGAAAAUGAUGAAUUUGGGCAACCCAGCGACAACCGCAAGCUGGCACAUGUAGAGGCUGUGUGCAUCGCUUGGUUUACCAUGGAGUACCUUUUACGAUUCCUGUCCUCACCGAAUAAAUGGAAAUUCUUUAAAGGCCCACUGAAUGUCAUUGACCUGCUGGCCAUCUUACCAUAUUAUGUCACCAUCUUUCUCACCGAGUCCAACAAAAGUGUGCUGCAGUUCCAGAAUGUGAGACGCGUGGUCCAGAUCUUCCGAAUCAUGCGCAUCCUCAGGAUCCUGAAGCUCGCCAGACACUCGACUGGCCUGCAGUCUCUGGGCUUCACCCUCAGACGGAGUUACAAUGAGUUGGGCUUGUUAAUAUUAUUUCUGGCUAUGGGGAUAAUGAUAUUUUCCAGCUUGGUGUUUUUUGCUGAGAAAGAUGAAGAUGCUACCAAAUUCACCAGUAUCCCUGCAUCAUUUUGGUGGGCCACCAUCACCAUGACCACUGUGGGCUAUGGGGACAUUUACCCUAAAACACUGUUAGGGAAAAUUGUGGGUGGCCUCUGCUGUAUUGCAGGAGUCCUGGUUAUUGCCCUUCCUAUACCCAUCAUUGUGAACAAUUUCUCUGAGUUCUACAAGGAGCAAAAACGCCAGGAGAAAGCUAUUAAAAGGAGGGAGGCUCUUGAAAGAGCCAAAAGGAAUGGCAGCAUUGUUUCUAUGAACUUAAAAGAUGCCUUUGCUCGAAGUAUGGAACUGAUAGACGUGGCUGUGGAGAAGGCUGGUGAGUCAGCCAAUACCAAGGACUCUGUGGAUGAUAAUCACCUGUCUCCAAGCCGGUGGAAGUGGGCCAGGAAGGCUCUGUCGGAAACAAGCUCCAAUAAGUCUUACGAGAAUAAGUACCAGGAGGUUAGCCAGAAAGACUCCCACGAACAGCUGAACAACACUUCUUCCUCCAGCCCACAGCAUCUGAGUGCCCAGAAACUGGAGAUGCUCUACAACGAAAUCACCAAGACACAGCCUCAUCCCCACCCAACCCCGGACUGCCAAGAACAGCCCGAGAGGCCAUCUGCGUAUGAGGAGGAGAUAGAAAUGGAAGAGGUGGUCUGCCCACAGGAGCAGCUGGCGGUGGCACAGACCGAGGUCAUCGUGGACAUGAAGAGCACCUCCAGCAUUGACAGCUUCACCAGCUGUGCCACUGACUUCACAGAGACCGAGAGAUCCCCCCUGCCACCCCCCUCUGCCUCUCACUUGCAGAUGAAGUUCCCCACUGACCUCCCAGGAACAGAUGAGCACCAAAGAGUCAGGGCACUUCCAUUUCUAACACUGAACAGAGAUAAGGGGCCUGUUGUCAGGGAGGCUACACUGGAUUAUGCCCCAAUUGAUAUAACUGUGAACCUCGACGCUGGGACUUCCCAUGGUCCUUUGCAACCUGACAGUGCCACUGACAGCCCUAAGAGCUCACUGAAAGGGAGCAACCCCCUCAAGUCCAGAUCCCUCAAAGUGAACUUUCAGGAAAACAGAGGCAGUGCACCCCAGACCCCACCCAGCACAGCCAGGCCACUGCCAGUAACCACAGCUGACUUUCCGCUCACCACCCCUCAGCACAUCAGUACCAUCCUUCUAGAAGAAGCCCUUCCCCAGGGAGAGAGACCCUUGCUUGGUGCUGAUGCUUCAGCACGAUGUCAGGGAUCUUCCAGAGGGCUCUCCCCUCGAUUUCCCAAGCAAAAACUGUUUCCUUUCUCUUCUAGAGAAAGAAGGAGCUUCACGGAAAUAGACACUGGAGAUGACGAAGACUUCUUGGACCUCCAAAGGUCAAGACCAGACAAGCAAGCAGACUCCAGCCCCAACUGCUUAUCAGACAAGCCUGGCGAUGCCAGAGACCCUUUAAGAGAAGAGGGCUGUGUGAGCCCCUCCUCCCCUCAGAACACAGACCACAACUGUAGGCAAGACAUUUACCAGGCUGUGGGUGAAGCCAAAAAGGACAGUAGUCAAGAAGGGUACAAGAUGGAGAACCACUUGUUUGCCCCAGAAAUUCAUUCCAACCCAGGAGACACGGGUUACUGUCCCACUCGUGAGACCAGCAUGUGACUAGUUAUAAAAGCAAUAAAAAAAAAACUUCUUUCUUAAAAAUGCGAUUAAUAAUGCCGUGAACUAAAAUAUGGGAAACCCCUCACAUAUCCCCCCCAAAAAAACAGUGCAUAAAAUGUUAUUUUUGCAUGGCAUGAACAGUUUAGUUUAAGUACUGUUUAAAUAAAGAGUCAAGACUGCAUUUUGUAACAAACAAAACUGAGUCAAGAGCAGCGAGCAAAUAAAGAGCUCUGUUAGGAACCAGUGCUCUGCAAUGUCUGACAUUUUUGAUCCUUUCAUUUCAAACUGUAGGCAGGUUUCUGGUUUUAACUUUUACAUUACCAUGAAUUUUAGGAUUUGCACAUGAAAGGAUGAAAUGUCAUUGCAUGUGUUCAUGCUUAUGGGGAGUAAGGUGCUUUGAGCUUGCAAAAUGCAUAACUCUGUACAUAGGCCUGGAUGCAGAAGUCUCAAGAACACGUGGACGCGAGUUCCUGAGACACAGGUAAUCCUUCACAGCUACUGCCUGGAGGAGCUGUCCAGACUUCCUGUUGCAAAACUGCAACCUCUUCUUAACCCACUUUCCUUGUGCAUCUUGCUUUGGAUUAUAAAGCUCUUACGUUUGUUUAAAGGAAUUCAGUAUUUUUAUUUAUUUGGGAUAUAAUUCAGAGGGUAUGUUUAUAUGUAUUUUUAUUUAUUUGGAAUAAAAUUCAGAGGGCAUUCUUUUUCUUUCUUUUGCUUUUGCUUAGUUGUUGCAUUUGUGGUGUCAUUUAUAAAUCAUGGAAAUCAGUAAGAUUUAAUGACCAGAUAUCAAGUAUUUGGAAUUUAAGCUUGAACUUUUGCCUAUUACAGACUAUUACAGAAACUCAGUUUUCAUAAACUUGAAAAUGUAUAGAAGGUUCUAUCAUAAAAUAAAAAUUUUAAAUAGUUAUUCCACAUUUGGAAAUCAUCUUUAAAACAAUUUCUUUUGGCACUGCACACAUGGCUGUAUUUUCCUUUGGUGUCCAGCAUACAAGUUAAGAUCUGCUAAAAUGGAAAUUCCACAAAGUGACUGUUGACAGACUAAAAGUAGAGCCCCCUUCCUUGACAGAGCUGGUCCCCAAAUGAGGUGCCAUGCUAGGAGCCCAGGUCUGGAGAUGGACCACAAAAUCCUUUUCAAUGGAGGAUAGAGAUGUAGAAUGACACGACCAGUCCUGGAAGGAUGCUGUUCUUGCAGACUUUGAAUCCUUCCUAAGCAGGGCAAGAGCACUCUCAGUAACUGCAGCAACUGGACAGGCUCUCCCAGGUUUCUGACCCCCAGAACCCCCUAGUAGAGGUCAGGACUCUCCUUGCUGAGAGUCCCUUCUGGCACUUUCUUAAGGAGCACACUGAAUGCAAAGGCACUGGGCACUGAAGGUUGCCCACUCACUGGACUCACCUGCUUCGUGGAAACCAAGGCUCUCAUUACUGAUGAUCAGCUACCAGCCAUACCAUCUCUGGAAUGACUCUACAACCUCUUGUGAUCUCACUUGUAUUGGAAUAAAAACAAAGACCAAAUUCUUUCUAGGCCCCCUUAAGAUCUCAAAUGAAUGAUUUCUAGUUUCCUGGCAAUGCUCAGGUUUUGCCUCAGCAAAAUGUAUUUUGUGCGUGUGUGCAUAAAGCUGAGGGAAUUGGAAAAACUAAAAGCAAAGCUUAUUGUUUAAGGAAAAAAAUCUAAAUUUUGUUCUUUCUUAAAAGGAAAACCAUUCAGGAAAAAAUAGCCCAAAUAUUUAUAAUCUAAUAUAAGUCUUUAAUAUUUCUUAAUUAAUAGCCUCUGGUCAUUAAAUCUCAGAUCAAAAAACAAAUUUUGUUUUUUGUUAAAAUCCAAGCAGUCUUGAUGUUAAAACUAAUUGAAAACAUUUGUUUUAUC